GUUCCAUUCUGCAGGCUGAUCGUCAAGAGGAGGUUGUUGUUUGUUGUUUUGCUGAAGUGUUGAGCGAGAGAGAGAAAGCGAGCCGCUGCCCUGCUCCAAUACCGAUUUAAGAGUUACUCAUUUAAAGGAUACUAGGAAAAAAAGAAAGACAUUUAAACCCCCAAAUUAACCUUGAGUCGUGUUUAUAAUCAACUGCAUCGAGCGGAAAGAGAGAGCCCGGAAACGGCAAACAUGAAAUGGAUGUUCAAAGAGGAUCACUCCUUGGAACAUCGAUGCAUAGAGUCAGCCAAAAUCCGCAACAAGUACCCUGACAGGGUCCCGGUGAUCGUGGAGAAAGUGUCUGGAUCACAGAUUGUGGACAUCGACAAGAGGAAGUACCUGGUCCCCUCCGACAUCACAGUGGCUCAGUUCAUGUGGAUCAUCAGGAAACGCAUCCAGCUGCCCUCAGAGAAGGCCAUCUUCCUGUUUGUGGACAAGACGGUGCCUCAGUCAAGCAUCACGAUGGGGCAGCUGUACGAGAAAGAGAAGGACGAGGACGGCUUUUUAUACGUGGCUUACAGCGGUGAAAACACCUUCGGUUUUUAAAAAGAAAAAAAGCCGAUGAUCGUGACCCCGGCCUUACCUGCGGCGCCGCUCGGCCACACCGACACCCCUCCCGCAUCUAAUCACAGCCCCGACUCGGCCCCUGGAGAAACCCGUGGGAAGCCCCAGAGAGAUUCAGUGACAUGAAUGCAACAGAAUGAUUGACUGACUGCUCACCUGACUGGAUAGAAAUAAACGAGUGCACCGGUGUGUUUUGUUCUGGCCCAUGUUGCACCAGUUCUUCAUAGAGUCAUAGAUUAAGUUGUGUAUAGUGUGUUCAAUUUCAAUUAUUAUUAUUAUUAUUAUUUGUUUUGAUGUUGUGAUUUGAGUGUUUUUAGCUUUUUUUUUUCCACCUUUGAAACGAUAUGUGUGAAUGAGUUUUGCUUUUAGUUAUGCUUUCUUCUUUGAAGACAAUAUUUAAAAGAAUUUUAAUUUAAUUAUUUGAAGGUAAGGUAGCUGGAUGACCUAACCAAUAAAAAUAUUAAAGUUAAA